AUGUUUCGCAAGCCGAAAAAAGCCAAGAACAACCGUCGUCGCAAAGAAGCCGACGUUGAGGAAGAUGACAGCCACAAGAAGCGCAAAGCCGACGAUGACGAAGAAGAAGAUACGUCCACAUUGCUGUCCGAAGCCCGCAAACGAACAAAGACUGUGGGCGCUGGUACCAAUAAAUCGUCAUCAUCCAAAUCGGAUGAAACCCAAAAAGUGAUGCAUCAAUAUGGAACUGCCGGAGCGGACCAUCAACAGAAAAAGGAAGAGUUGGUGACAUCUACCGUGCAACUCCAUCCGGAAGAAAUCAUGAGGAAUAAUGCUGGCGGUAGUACUACAACAACGGCAACAAAUAACGAAGCAUCAAGAGGAGACGAUGGCAUUUUCCGCGACAAGACCCGCAGCCGCUUGUUGGCCGGUCCCAUCAAAGCGACGGGUCACAUUCGUACCACGUGUCGAUUUGACUAUCAGCCCGAUAUUUGCAAAGACUACAAAGAAACGGGAUUUUGUGGCUUUGGAGAUACCUGCAUUUAUUUACACGAUCGUGGCGACACAUUGUCGGGAUGGCAAUUGGAAAAACAAUGGGAAGAAGAACAAAAAAAGAAGAAAGAACAACAAGACAAGGAAAUUCAAGGUUUUGUCGAUGCUAAUACUAGUGGUGGAGGUACUAGCAGCAAAACUAGCAAAGAUGAUGACAAGAAAACGGACAAGGAUGGAUUGCCCUUUGCCUGUCACAUUUGCCGAAAACCAUUUAACAAUCCUGUGGUGACGUCGUGUGGACACUACUUUUGUGAAGCCUGCAUCAUGGAUUGGGUACGGAGCAAGAGUGAUGCCUGUCCGGUGUGCAACAAAGACACGCAUCGGGUCUUUAAUCAAGCCUCAAAGUUGAAAAGUAGAAGUCGGCGAAACAAAAACAAACAGCAACAAUCCACUGGAGGCGAAUUUCAGGAAUUUUUGGAGGGAUAA